AUGGAGGACCCUUCAGAGACUCAGCGGCCAGCAGCCCCCGGAGCCCCGUGCCCACCGGAGGCUGUCCUCUUUUUCUUCUACUCUCUGGCUACCCUUGCCUCCUACCUGCUGGACGUGGUCAGCCACAGCCUGGUGAUCCGAGCAGCAGGGCCCCUCGUGCCUUCCCCACUGUCAGCCGCCUGGUUCGGCUACCAGGCUGCAACCGAUGUCGCCUUCACUGUCCUCCUGCCAUUGACCCUCAUCUGGACACGCUCCAGCUGGCCGCUGGGUGGCACCUCCUGUCCCCUGGACCCUGGCCUGGCUUUCCUGACCUUCUACGCCAGUGGCCGCCUGCUGACCCGCACAGCCGCUGACCACUGCGCCUCCGUGCUCUGGCCAGCCUGGGCGCUGAACCACCGCGCAGCCAGAAGGGUGGUUUUCUGGGCCGGCGGGUUCUGGCUCCUGGUGCUGGUCCUGGGCACGCCAACACUGCGAGCCCUGGUGAACCAAGCCCAGCCUUAUAAUAGGACGCCCGCUGGGGAACAACACCACUGCUCCUCCAAUCCCACGCUGAAUCAGCUGGUGUUUGGCUUUGGGGUGCCUUUGGGGGUGCUGAGUGCCUUUCACAGCCUCCUGAAGGCCAAGCUGCAUCUGGCAAGGCUCACGGGGAGGCCCCCGCUGCUGGGGAUGCCCUGGGCUUCGGGGACCAUGUUGUUUCUCUGCUGGUUCCCCUUCCACCUGCUACUUCUGCUGAGGCUGGUGGAAAUGUGGGAGGCCAGGCUGGACAUGGAGGAGGUUUGGGUGCUGCUCAGACCCCUGGGGCUCACCCUGGUGGGGGCCAGUGGCUGCCUCAACCCUCUGCUCUACGCAUGCGGGGACCAGGCCUUCAGGAGGCAGUUAUGCCAGGCCCUCUGGCCCUGCCCAGGGGGAGGGUGUGAGGAGGACACAGGUGGGGUUGGGCACUGGGGAUGGAGGCCCAGCCUUCCUUCAAGGACCUGA